AUGAUCGAGGGCCUCGAUCCACUGGCGCAAGCCGCCCUCGGCACCCUCUUCACCUGGGGAAUGACAGCCGCGGGGGCUGCUCUCGUCAUCUUCUUCCGAGGAGCGCAGCGAAAACUGCUGGACGCCGCCCUGGGCUUCGCGGCCGGCGUGAUGACGGCCGCGUCCUUCUGGUCGCUGCUGGCGCCGGCCAUCGAGAUAGCCCAGGUCUCCGGACUGUACGGCUCUGAUGGUCAGUGGACGUUUGUGCCGGUGGUUGUCGGCUUCCUCAUCGGCGCAUUCUUCGUCUUCAGUACCGAUCUCUUACUGGCCAAAUUUGGCACUCCGAUACUCAAGCCUGCCGACUUCUGUGACGAAGCAAGUGGACCAGUCACAAGUGGCCUGGACAAUAAUCCAUCCGAAGCAUCCAUUGUUGACGUGGCUCAAGACCAAGUUGAUCAGGCAACUCUUGCAGCAUCUGGAAACAAAAGGUGGAAAAGGAUUGUGCUGCUUAUUAUUGCUAUUACAGUUCAUAAUAUCCCUGAAGGGCUUGCAGUGGGAAUGAGUUUUGGAGCCGUUGGACAGUCUCCCUCUGCAACCUUUGAAAAUGCAAGGAAUCUCGCCAUUGGAAUUGGCCUGCAGAAUUUCCCUGAAGGCCUUGCUGUCAGUCUGCCACUCCACGGUGCAGGUGUUUCCAUUGCACGCAGUUUAUGGUACGGUCAGCUCAGUGGCAUGGUGGAGCCCUUGGCGGGUAUAUUGGGUGCGGCCACUGUCCAGGUCGCUUCCCCUUUGCUGCCCUACGCCCUCUCCUUCGCAGCAGGUGCCAUGAUCUACGUGGUGCUUGACGAUAUUGUGCCCGAGGCUAACUCGGGGAAUAGCGGCCGAUUAGCGACUUGGGGUGGAAUCGUGGGUUUCACGUUGAUGAUGGCCCUAGAUGUCGGACUUGGCUGAACGGCUUCAUUCUUACAACACUCGCCCCUCAUCGCCCUCACGAUUUUUUUGUAUGUUGUAAAUUAACAGUUCCACGUUUGUUAACAAUUAUUAUUUAUUAUUCUUACUAUAGCUCCCGCUUAAUCAUUGUUUUUCAUUAUUUUAUUGAAGCUUGUAGUGUAAAUUUUUUUAUUUCAAGUAUAAAAUUAAUUAUAAUUUUAAAAUUUCAUAGAUUAUUAUACAAUCAAUCACAAUCACUGCAUGAUGAAAUUUACUGUACACAAAUAUGGAGAUAAUAUUGAUUUUUGAAUUAUACCAUUUAAAAUAUAAAAUGUCUUAAUUACCAUUUUUUUUUUAAAUGAAAAAUAAAUUUUUAAUAAUUUAAUAUUUAUGUAAUAUAUAGUUUCAUUCCAAGUAUUUACAUUUGAAGCAUAUAUCAAUUUCUGAAUCCUUGUAAUUUCAUUUUGAACUUUUUUCAAAUUCAAUCUGUGAUCCUAGAUUAACUCUGUGUGUCCUAUUGAGAUAGGUCAGUGGUUUCCGUUUACUGCCGUUUUAUGGCAUUUGUGGCUGCCUUUAUUGCACCACAACAAAUACGUUUUACUAUCGCUGGUCACUUGAUCGCUGUAUAUGCAGCGGGGCGGUCACAGGAAUGAAAACAAAAAACAGAUUGGGCGCGAAGUGAGACAUAUUCAAAUUAUACAUAUAUUAGAGGAGGACGCGUGCCACUGUUGCAUUUUUACGAUCGAAUUUUAUAGCUCUUUUAUGGGCGCGUAAGCUGACAAACACACACAUAAUGAAUCACACCCAAAAUCACUAAUCGUGCCAACAAGCAUGAUAAAUUAAUGCUGUAUAGCUCUAUCAGAUAGAACAUAGUCCGCGUACAUACAAUUAGAAUGAAUAUUUUUUUUCCAUUAACAAGGUCAAACAUCUACAGAUUUUUUUCCAACUUUGCCGCUUGUGUUUGUCGUACUUCUUAAAGAUAUCAAUCGUACAUCAUUGCCUUACAUCUGAUAAUGAAAACCAUUUCAAUUAAAACGUAAUUGACGUGUGCUCCAGGAUUCAAGUUUCAAGUGCUUUUUAAUUUUUAUUCAACAUUUGCUCGAAUAGAAAUUCCACUUGCAAGUUCCCCUGUCCUCGUGAAUGUGAUAAAAAAUUAUGAUUUGAUCAUUUCUGUUGCUAUUCACGUAAAUUUGCAUAACGUUUUAUUUGGAAACGGCUAAAAGGUUUCAUUUUGUAAGAACGUGAAAUUUCAGAGAGCUUUUAAAUUUAUAGAGCGGUUUCCUAUAUUUUGCCAUACAAGAAACAAGAUACCCAACCCAGCAGCUUUUUCUUGAGCCGAAGUUCUUCUUUUAUUUUUACUCCGACUAAGAUUCCCUAGAUAAUUUAUUCAUUAUAUAUCAAACCUGUCCAAUGGUCAGAGGCUCGCGCGGCGUCUGAUUGGACCGAAGAGAGGCACGAUUCGCUUUCACGCCGUUUCUACUCUGUCGCCGCUGAGUUUAGACGAAAAUUAUUGGCUUCCCACCUAUAUGAAUGCCGAUAAAUUACUCUGCAUGUCCUUCAAUAUUGCUAUAUUGUAUUAGCAUUAAAAAUGAGUCGCAGAUUUUUUCCUCUUACUAAAAAAAAAUUGAUUUGGAAUAUUCAAAGAGCGAAAACUUGUAAGUGUAUGAACAUCACUCGGAUUUAUUUUAAUUUAUCUCUGUAAACUGAUUUUAAACAAUUCUUUGUUAUUGCACUUAUUAUAUAGAAAUAAAAUUAUGCAAUAAUAAAUUUAUAAAAUUUAAC